GUUUACCAUGGAGGUGUUUACAAAAUACAAAAACCAAAAUAAAUAAUAUUAUUACGAUUUACGACUCGGUUUUUUCUUAGAUAAAGAGUAAAUUAAUACUAUAUUGCCAAAAUACCUAAGUGUACAUUUUAAUUCUUAUUAAAAAACUUUGUUUGGAAGUAAAUUAUGCAGUGUCGAGCUUGUUUAAAAACAAACUGUAAAAAUGCGACGAAACUCGAUGAAUUUAAUGUUAAGAGUUUUAAUCUCAUCACGAAUUUAAAUAUACAUUCAGGCGACGGUAUGCCUCAACAGCUCUGUGCAAAAUGUACAAAAGACCUAAAAGUUUGUAUUGCGUUUAGAGAAAAGUGUAUUUCUUCCAAUUCUGUUUUAUCGCAAGUAGUAUUUCACAAAAAAUUAAAACCGGAUGAAAUUAAAGAAGAGGACCUUGAAAGUAACAUUGAUGCCCAAAAUGUAUUGAAAACAGAGAUACUUAUUGUGAAGACAGAGGAAAGCAGCAAAGUAGAAUUUUUGAAAGAAGAAUCACUGUCUAGUGAGGACCAGUUUGAUGACAGUUUUCAAACUUAUGUAGAUGAUAAAUAUAAUUUAUAUAGUAAGAAAAAUAAAAGAAAAUUAAAAAGAGAAAAAGUUGACCACUCCAAAAAGAAAAAGGGAACUACAGGGGAAGCACAAAUAUUAUAUUAUGAUAGUAAAAAACAUGAAUGUGGCUUAUGCUUGGAGUACCUUGAUGAAGACAGUUUGUUUGAACAUGUAAGCAGCCAUGAGCAGAGUAACUACUGUCAAAUAUGCUCCAAACAUUUUGCAUCAUGGCCAAAACUACUGGUACACCGAGCAGAACACUUAACAGGGCAGACAUUCGCUUGCCAUAUCUGUUUAAAGCGGUUUCGCCUAACCCUGUCAUUGCAGAACCAUUACAACGUCAAACAUUUGAAUAACACUCUUAAUUUAUUACAAUGUUCGGAUUGUGACAAGGUCUACGACUCUGUAAAGAAACUACAAAAGCAUAUUUGGGCAUAUCAUGGCAGUAAGACUUUCAAGUGUGACAAAUGUUCCUUGGAGUUUCCACACAAGCAGUUAUAUAACUAUCACAGACAAAGAAAACAUGCAGAGCGAACCAUGUUGUACUGCGAUCAGUGCGAUUAUAAGAAUGUAUUUUCUAGGAACUUAAAGCUGCACGCGCUCCGCAUGCACACUGCGGGGCGCGUGUCGUGCGCGUCGUGCGGCGCGGCGCUCGCGGACGGCGCGGCGCUCGCCCGCCACCGCUGCACGCCGCGCCCGCACAACGUCUGCCCCGUCUGCGGGAAGAUACUCACCAGGAACUCCAGGCUGGCCAACCACCUCAAAACGCACACAGAGGAGCGCAGCUACAAGUGCGACCGCUGCCCUGCGGCGUACAAGACGCGUGCGGCGCUGCGCGUGCACGCCGCCCGUCAUGACGGUAUACGCAGAUACACGUGCGACACCUGCCCGCAGGCCUUCCACAACCAGAGCUCGCUUAUACGACACCGACGAUUGCACACCGGUGAGAAACGCUUCGUGUGCACAAUUUGUGCUAAAGCAUUCACAGAGGGAUAUAACCUCAAAGUGCACAUGCGCGUACACAACAAACACUUCAAGAAGAACCCCGAAACUGAACGUUCUGGAGGUAUUCAAGAUUAGUCCCAGUAUUUACGUAUUGGUUCGUUUAAACUUUUUGUUAAAGUGUAGAUAGUUUGCGAGUUCAAAUUAAAUAUAAUAAUUAAUAA